AUGACGGGCAAGUUUUCUGUCAAAAAUGUUGCGAUUGUGGGCGCGGGACCGUCGGGGCUGGCAGCAGCAAAAUACCUACUUGGUGAAAAGGCCUUCGAGCGCAUCGAUAUAUACGAGCAACGAUCGCGUGUAGGAGGAAUCUGGGACUAUUCGCCAGAGGACAAGACUCCCGACGACCUCCCCGUCCCCUCAGUGACACCACACGCUGGUCUCGCCAAACCAAAAUGGCGGCAAUCAGGUACCAGACAGGCCAUCGGAAGUCGCGUCGAAGAGGACUCUUUGUUCCUGAGUCCGCUGUAUGAUCGCUUAGAGACGAACAUCCCGCGCACCUUGAUGGGCUAUUCCGACUUUGACUGGCCCCAAGACUCGCAACUGUUUCCCAAGCACGAGACCGUUACCCAAUACCUCGAGGACUACGCUGCCGACAUCAGAAACCUCAUACACUUCAACACCCAAGUCGUCGACAUUAGCUUGGCUGCUACCAAAGAAGACGGUCAGGACACAUGGUCUGUAAAGACGCAGAAAGUCCAACAUAACACACCGGGCGACGUCGUCGAAACGGUGUACGACGCCGUCGUUGUCGCCAAUGGUCACUUCGCCGUACCCUUCAUCCCCAAAAUCAAGGGUAUGAAGGAGUGGGCCGAGCAAUAUCCAAAUGUCGUCUCCCACUCCAUGUACUACAAGAAGCCAGAGGACUACACCGGCAAGAAGACCAUCGUUGUCGGCAGUGGUGCCUCGGGAAUUGACAUCGCCAUGCAGCUUAUGGAAGCAUGCAAACUACCCCUCCUACAAUCUCAGAAGUCCAAGUCCUUCUUACUGUCGGAUCCCACGCCGAAAAAGCAAGAACGGGAAGAGAUCGUCGAGUUUAUCGUCAAAGACAGGGCUGUGCGCUUUGCCGAUGGCACGAUAGAGAAGGACAUUGACUCCAUUCUCUUCUGCACUGGCUACUUCUUUUCCUUCCCCUUCCUCAACAACAUGGACCCACCACUCGUCACCAGCGGUACUCAUGUUGAAAACCUGUAUCAGCAUCUGGUCUAUCGCCCGCAUCCCACUCUCUGCUUCCCUAAUCUGCAACAACGCGUCAUCCCCUUCCAGAUGGCACAAGCACAAAGCGCUGUCAUUGCACGUCUAUGGAAUAAUCGUAUCUCAUUGCCUUCGGUGGAAGAAAUGAAAGCCUGGGAGGACAAUCUACUCAAAGAGACCAAUGGUGGCGAGAGAGACUUCCACCUUCUCUUGUUCCCCAAGGAUGCGAAUUACAUCAAUGCCAUGUAUGAUUGGUCAAUGUCAGCAUCCGAUGCAGAAACCAAGGGCAAGCAGCCACCGCGUUGGGGCGAGAAGGAAUACUGGAUGCGUGAAAAGUUCCCAGAGAUAAAAAAGGCCUUUCAGGAUCGAGGUGAAGGUAGACGUCAAGUCAGAACGUUGGAAGAGCUGGGCUUCGAUUUUGAAAAGUACAAGAAAGAGACGCCUGUUGAGCAAAAGAGCUUGCUCUGA